AUGUCUUCGCUUGAAAAUGCUAUCACUGGUGCAUUAGCUGGUGCUUUGGCCAAUAGUUUAGUCUACCCAUUGGAUGUAAUUAAAACUAUUUUACAAACUCAACUAAAGCAAAAAGAAGAGAGUCAAAAAGAAAAGAAAAAUAAUGUCACCACUACUGCUAAUGAUUCUGAAACACAAAACCAGAGUGAAGAAUACAAGCCAGUACAAUCAAAUAAGACAAGUAGAAGAUAUCCUCAAUUUAAAUCCUCUUUAGAAUGUUUGUUAUACAUAUAUAAGCAUGAAGGUUUCCAUGGUUUAUAUAGAGGCUAUAAUUUUAGUAUUAUAUCUGGAAUAAUUCAAAGUUUCAACUAUUGGUUUAUUUAUACUACUAUAAGAAAAUAUUACUACAAUAGAAAAUUAAAAUAUGCCACCAAUAUCAGCGGUAAAAAUGGGUUAAAUUCUUUAGAGGAGUUGUUAUUAGGAAUCAUCUCUGGCUCGUUUUCUUCAGUAGUCACAGUUCCAAUAGGCACCAUCGCAACUAGUCAGAAAACAAAAGGUUUGGAUUGUGACAGCAACGAUACCACAACUAACAUUAACACAGGUAUAUUUGAAGAAAUUAAAGAUAUAUAUAAUCGAAACGGUGGGAAAUUGACUAACUUCUACAAAGGUUUAAAAGUUAGUUUGAUACUAUCCUGUAACCCGGCAAUUACCUUUGCAGUUUUUCAAAAAUUGCAAAAAAUAUUGCUUUCCUCCAUCAGUGAUGAUAAGAAUACCCUUCCAUUAUUGGAUACAAGUGUCAAACUACCCCCAUUAUACAAUUUUAUUUGCGGUGUUAUCAGUAAAAUGUGUUCUACAAUAAUCACACAGCCAUUGAUUAUAAGUAAAGUUCUCUUGCAAAAAUCCAAUUCACAAUUUCAAACGUUUUUUGAGGUUUUACAAUAUUUAAUCAGAAAUGAGGGUAUUUUAUCCCUAUGGAAAGGAGUCCAUCUGCAAUUGUUAAAAGGGGUUUUAGUACAAGGUUUGGUAUUCAUGUAUAAGGGAGAAUUGGGUAAAUUGGUUUUAACUUUAAGAAGAUUGCUUGUGCAGCAACAACGUAGAAGAAGGGUAGGUACCAAAGUGACUUUUUGUAGAAUUGGUGUUAUCUGA